UCCUCCGCGCUGGUUGGAGAGAAGGUGACAGGGGACGGUGAAAAUGGCCUCUGCCUAUCUGACUCACCAGCAGAAAGUGUUGCGGCUUUACAAGAAAUCACUGAGACACCUCGAGUCAUGGUGCAUCUUUAGAGACAAAUACCGGUUCUACGCCUGCAUGCUGCGGGCUCGCUUUGAUGAGAACAAGGAUGAGAAGGACAUGGUGAAGGCCACCAUGAUGCUGAAGGCAGGAGAGGAGGAGUUCUGGUCCAACCAGCAUCCUCAGCCUUACAUCUUCCCCGACUCUCCUGGAGGGACCUCCUACGAGAGAUAUGAGUGCUACAAGGUCCCAGAGUGGGUCCUUGAUCACUGGCACCCCUCGGAGAAGGCCAUGUACCCUGACUACUUCUCCAAGAGGGAGCAGUGGAAGAAGCUGAGAAUGCAGAGCUGGGACAAAGAGAUCGCCCAGCUGCAGGCUGAGACUCCAGCCGGAGGCCCCAAGACCGAAGCUCUGCCUCCUGCCCGCAAGGAGGGCGACCUCCCCCCUCUGUGGUGGCAGUACGUCACCCGCCCCAGGGAGCGCCCCACAUAAACACCCUCCACCUCCUGGGUGCAGUCACCCCUGCACUAUGACGGGGAACUAUCCCGACCACAGCAGCAGCAGCAUGAAGACCAUCUGACCUCUUAAUGAGUUACCACCUGUGUGUUCAGGAUGUUAUCACAGUCACACCUGAGGAGAUUCACCUGAGCUCGUGGCACGGCUGAGAAAACAACCUCCCUCUAUUUAAAGUGAUUCUUCAGUAGUUUUUGGAGGUUGGUGACUUUGAGAACUCCUGUAGAUGUAUGACUUAAUACCUGGAACUGUUCCAAUAAAUGUGUAAUGAA